GCGUGGUAUAACAUGCGGCGCGGACACAAGAGCUAGUCACUCGCGCACGCGCAGCCACCCACUGUCGGCGCAGUCCAACUCACAUCAAAUUCACGUAGUAAACCAACGCACUCAUGGAGACACAAACAUUACCGGACACGCACGAGAAAAGCGGCGGCGGGCUGGGUAUGCGGCACGUGCAGGUGUUUCUGCUGUUCACCAGCAUGCUGCUGUGCUACUGCAUGCGCGUGGAUAUGAGCAUGGCCAUCGUCGCCAUAAACGACGACGCCGCCCCAAAGAUCAAUGUUCGGCGGGUAUGGCGCCGCCAGCGCACUGCGCGCAGUACAGGACUCGCGCAAGGCUUCUCUUCCCCGCCAUGCACGCGCUCAUCGGCAAGUGGGUGCCACGAGAAGAGUCGGCUCGGCACAAUCAUAUACAGCGGCGCUCAGCUGGGUACGGCGCUACAGCUGAUUGUGUCAGGGUUUAUUGCGGAGGCGUGGGGCUGGCCCAUGAUCUUUUACGUUAACGCGGUGCUGGGCGCUGUCUGGUGCGCUGUCUACAUGUGGGUGGGCGCCUCCGCCCCGCAUCAGAGCAGAUACAUCUCCAAAAGUGAGCGGCACUACAUAGAGACAUCCAUCGGACAAGAUGAGGAUUACAAGAAACCGAAGACGCCAUGGAAAAUCUUGCUGACAUCACCGGCGUGUAUCGCGCUGAUGGUGGCGCACAUCGGCCAAGAUUGGGGCUUCUGGUCGGUGAUGAAGCAGAUGCCUUCGUACAUGAGCCAGGUGCUAGACGUCGACAUCACCACGAAUGGCAUGCUGUCGGCGGUGCCUUACAUCGCCAUGUACUUGCUGAGCUUCGUGUUCGGAUAUCUUUCUGACCUCACGCUCAAGAAGCAGUGGCUGAGCAUAACAGCGUGCCGGAAGCUGAGCAACUCCAUAGGCGCGUUCGGGCCGGCGUCGGCGCUGGUGGCGCUCACCUUCGCUCCGGCCGGCAACCUCGCCGUGGCCGUGCUCAUCCUAACCCUCGCCGUAGGCAUCAAUGCUGGCCACUACACGGGCUUCUUGCUAAUGCACAUCGACAUGACACCGAACUUCGCCGGCUCACUGAUGUCCAUCACCAACUUCUUGGCGAACGUGGCGUGCAUCUUCGCGCCGCUCGUGGCCGGGCUGAUCCUCACCGACGAUCCGAACGAGGGCGUGUGGCGCAUGUUCUUCUACACAACGGCAGCGGUGUACGUGGCCUGCAACGCGGUGUUCCUGGUGUUCGCAAGCAGCGAGCGGCAGCCAUGGGACGAGGCCGAGACACCCGCCAUCGGACCGGACUCUGGCGAGUCCAAGAAAACCCCGGUGGAGGCGGCGUAGUCGCGCUGCGCUCGUGGACCAACCUAACUCUCAUCUGUAUAUACCUCGCAUACUAACCUCA